UUUGGGCUCUGAAACCAGCGGCCGAAGGAGCAAGUCGCGCGCUAGAGCUGCCCGCAGCUGGUCGAGCAUGCAUGCGGCUACUGAAGUCUUUUUCCAAAACAGCGGAAGAUUCCUCAUUAUUUGCGUAACGAUUUGAAAAAGGUACCUCAUUAUCCGAUUUGGAGAGCUAAAGUGAAGGUUAGGUUCUUCAAUUUCUGCAGCCGAUUACAGGCUCUGUGAAGUAGACUCCUGCAUUGUGUUGCGGCAUAUUCUGGAUGAUCCCAUUGGUGAGUGAAAACAAGAAUGUUGCAGCCUAGUUCAACCCGCACCCCAGCUAUCCGUUCUCGCUUCCAGUCCCACAUAAUAUAAACAUGACGGUGUAAACACACCCCCGGGAGGGGGGGGGGACACGCAGGUAUCCAGCAAUUAAAAAACAGGCCCACCGACCAGGAAACCGGAGGAGUCGUAGAGAGUUCAACCUCAGCUGCUGCGUCUGGCAGGGACUUGGCUUUAGAUGGUUCAUCAUUUUGGUCCACCAUGUCGUCGCAGAAGGAAAACAUACCAGGAGCAGGAGACGGGUCAGACAUUGUCAAGUGUGGCUACUUAAAGAAGUUCAAGACGAUGCGAAAGAAGUUCUUUGUGCUCCGUUGUGAGAGCAGUUCGUGCCCUGCCCGUCUGGAGUACUAUGACAGCGAGAAGAAGUUCAGGGCGGGGGCGCUCUGCAAGCGCACCAUUGACCUCAAGACGUGCUUCAACAUCAACCGCAAGACAGACAGCAAGCACCGGCACGCCAUCGCGCUCUACACGCGCGACGACUGCUUUGUGGUGGUCGCCGAGGAUGAGAACUCACUCAACGAGUGGUUGCAGGAACUGUUGCUGCAGCAGCAAGCUGAAAAUGACGGCAUGCCCAUGCCGGCCUUUGAACAUGUCUGGCAGGUAACAGUGAAACCUAAAGGACUUGGUUCUAGCAAAGGACUGAGUGGGAACUAUCGUCUCUGCCUAACGGCCACCACCGUUAACCUUGUUAAGAUGAACUGCGAAAAUGAGGACCUAGAAUUCCCACUUUCAGCCAUCAGGAGAUGCGGUCACUCGGAUUGCUUCUUCUUCAUGGAGGUCGGGCGGCAGUCAGUGACGGGUACCGGAGAAAUUUGGAUGCAGGUGGAGGACACCGUGAUAGCACAGAACAUCCAUGAGGCCUCCUUGAACGCGAUGCGCUCCAUCAGCCAGCAGGAGGAGGAGAUGCGACCCCGCAGCCAGAGCAGCGGUAACACCUCGGAGGCCAAACCAGGCUCUUCCCGCCGACAGGUGGCCACCCUGGGCCCCUCCUGGCGCACCCGGUGUGAAUCCAUGCCAGCCCAGAACCGCCCACGCAUGGGCCGAUCCCGCCUGGGCAGCGAGAGCGAGGAGAGCCUUCAAGAAGAACCUAGCCCAACAAGUGCACCGUCGGGUUCAGCGUUGACGUCGUCAGUGAUACGCCCUCGGACUCAGAGCGAGGGGGAGGGGAACCACACCGCCCGCAAAGGCGGGACCAGCUUGCAUAAGUAUGGUAUGAAAACACGCCCUCGGACGGCCAGUGAAGGAGAAUCACAUUUUCGCAGUGGGCGUACACCCGAAAGUCCCACCAAGGCCAGAGGGCGCUUUACCAUGCCACAGCGGACUGGUUCCGGCAGCCUACGACCGGCCAGCAUGCAUCGUGUUGUGCAGCCCAUUUCCAACUCACCACCCAUACCAAACAGUCCUCUGAGCGAAAGCCCUCUUGGUGUUAGCGACGAUCGUUAUCCUUCUUAUCCCCAGCCCCUGCAUGCCUCUGACCCCAAUCUCUCUGAUGAGUACCCUAGCUUCGGAACCAGUCCCAGUGACCACCUCAUUGCACGGUUUUCGGGAUCUGGACGUAGCCGGACGCCUGACUCACCAACCCGCACUCCGAUCAGAGAGGAGAGCUUGGAGUUUACCGAUGAAUACAUGAAUAUGGCUCCUUCUGGAGCCACCAAAGCUAUCCUGACCACUCCCAUAUUCACCUGUCAGCCCUCACACCAUCACACAACAAACAUCGGAGGGCGGGCUCCAUCCCCUGACCACGGCUACAUCACGUUGCGGCCAGUUCACAUCACCAUUUCACCACCACCACCCCCAUCACCGUCUGAGAGAAAUAUUUCACCACCUCGAUCACCCCAGACCUUUUCACCACCAACAGAUGAGGACCAGUCGUACAUGUCCAUGAACCCAAUGAGCAGGGGAUCACGGGGGUCGUCUCAUUAUAACCAACCCACCCAAGCCCCGCCCCAACUGGCCCAGAGGUCUGCCAGCAUCAGCGGGCGAUUGAUGACGGUCCCGCCCAACCAAGGGGAUGAAGGCUACAUGAUGAUGGCCCCAAGGACAGCUGCUCAGAAACGAGGCAGCACCGGAAGUCGUGAGGCUGUGAUGAAACGAGGCAAUACGACAGAUGGCCGUGACGCUUUGAAGCCCCUGGCCUCGGACACUGACCAGGCCUACACAAUGAUGCAGCCCAUUCCAAAGCACCAUGGCAACAGCACAGUGCAUGAUGGGAUAGCAAGCAAAGCCACUGGGCAUGUCCCCAAAGCGCCAACUCCCAACAGCCAUGGGAAGUCGCGUGGGAGUUUUUCGUCAGUGCCUGGUGCCAUCAAGCCCUCUGAGCAGAAGAUGAAACCCAGUGAGAUCCUUGUUCGCAGUAUGUCUGAUUCCAAGGAGCCCAUCUUGGACACAUACAUGACCAUGGAGUUCCAGCCCAAAGACAGUAAAACGAAAUCGCCUGACAUUUCAAAAACUGGUAACCUAAGCCCUGGGUUGGAUAAUAUCGAUGAGAACAAGAACCGUAAAUCGGAUUAUGUGAAUGUUAGCUUACGAGACUCAUCUCCCAAGCCAGGGGAUAGUGAAUAUACUUUCAUGGUUCCUUCCUCAAGACCAGUGAACGCGAGGAAAGAAUCUGAUAAAGGACGGAGUCAGUCCGCUGUCGAGAGUCUACUGAGAGGAACCCAGAAAGCAGAGGUGGCUUCACGGGGGAGCGAAUACAUGAAUGUGGAGUUCUCAAAGGGUGGGAUGCCUAGUGGAGAGAUGCCAGCUAGACCGGUGCCACCCAUUCCUGCACGGAUACCGGCCGGGAAGCGGGACGAUGGGGAGUACAUGAAUGUGGAGCCGGGGCUGAGCGUCCGACCGCACAGCCCGCGCUCGCCCACAUCGCCACCCGUUCUCCCACAGCGAAUGAAUGUCCUACCACCACGGAACCCCAGCCCUGGAACCCCACCCGGUGCGUACUCACCCAGCCUAUCAGGAGGUGGGGCAGGUCGUCGAGCGGCCGAUCUGAAAGUGGGUGUGGAGGAGCUGACCCUGAGUGAUGGGUCACCAGGCAACUCUGCCCCAACCUCCCUGGGCAGCGCCAGCUCACUGACGUCCGGUAACAAGAGCUGCGAGCCCUCCCCCGGCCCUCCAUCGCGCCACUCCUCUUGCCGAUCCAGCCAAACCUCCCUGGCUGACCGGGAGCUGAACUACAUUGAUGUGGAUAUUGGUCAGCCCGACACCAACAGCUCUGCCAUACCGCUGGAGCGGCGUGCUCGCUCACCCUUCACACGUCGAGCAGCCGAAGAGGAUAAAUCGGCUAAGCCGACAAAUUACGCCACGAUAGACUUCACCAAGUCUGAGGGCUUACGCAGUGCAACUUCAACACGAGAAAACAGACCCUUAUAAAGAUUCCUUUCAAGAACCACACGCAGCCUGUCACCAAAUUCACCUGCUUUAUUAUAAUAUUGAUGUUAUUUUCUCUCUUUGGUGGCACACAAGGCACACUCUCCUCUUUCUAUGCGUUCAAUCAUCUCAGUUCUUAGUGGAUUUUUUUAUACAUAUUCAUGUGUCUCAACAUUUAAUAGGAAGAUCUUUUUGAAAUACUUUUACAUUUCCUUUACACAACAAAAAGCCAGCUCUUCAAUCAGUUCCAAGUGGGCGAACAAAGCAUAUUUAACUUGGAUUCAUAUCUCUCUGGGUUUUUGUUUUUCUUUAAACAUCACUUUGUCUUGUUAACGAUUAGAGUAAGUUCGUUAUUCUCUGGCUGAAUGUACUGGUAUUCAUUUGUAAACCUGCGUUUUUAUCAGUAAAGUGGAAGUUUCCCACGCCCAGCUUUACAAAGAGUACCGUGACGGGAUGUUCAGAUGGCGGACCAAUUCAAGUUGGAGAUCAACGGGUAAACUCACCAUCAUGCCAAAGGCAUGAAAUGUCUUACUGGAAGCCAGAUUAGAACCCCGAUCCAUGGGUGUCAGUCGGGGGCGGGGGGUUACAUAUCCCCCACGCUUUUUGUCGAGGGUCGUUAAAUCAUUCCCCCAUUUUUUGGUGUUGAGAAAAAACAAUGAACGCAGAUUGUGCAGAUUUGUUUGGACGUUCCAACGACCAUAAUGUAUUUAGUUGCACGCAAAAAAGGGAGAAAAAUCUUUUGAAAGUCGUAAAAACGCCGUUUUGAUGUAAGUUUCUGCAGUUGUGUUAUACCUAUUACAGAUGUACAUCUGUAUCGUGACCAUCUCCCCCGGUGUCAUUUGGUUUCGGCACCCCACCCCCCGCCAGGCAAGUCAUCCCGCCCCCCACAAUCCCCGUCCUUCUUACCGGCACAAAUUUACGCCGGCUCCCUUCCGAGAAAAUUACAGUUAGGCUGUCCUACCAUUACCAAAGACGUGGUUGUAAGUAGCAGAAGUCAUCAUAAUCUUCAGGAAUUUUUGUUUUCACAGGGACAGGAACUUACAACUAAGCAAAUGAGAGAAUUACUAAACCUCAUUAGUUUUAGAGAGGAACCUUGACCCACUUACUCUACGUCGUGCUACCGAUGUAUGUAUAAUUACUCGGCAUGAUGAGGAUUCGAAAUACCAAGCGUACCAAAAACCUUAUUCGUUUCCCUCAGAAGAUUUGUAUUCUUUUGUCCCGUACUUUUCUAGUCCAAAGAUUCUUAAUUUUGAGUAGGUUUUUUCGAGCAUCUUUGUGAAGCAUGUUAAGUGUAACAUUAUGAUCAUAAGGUAUUUAAUCAGAAGAGAAAACUGAUCUAAUGUGAACCGCUGUUGUUUCCGUAAAAUGUUUACUGAUAUUCACACUAGUAAUUGUGUUUCUGGAAUCCCAGCGUCGUUGAAAUUUCUGGUGUUUGUAUUCUUGUAACGUGCAGUACGAUGCUGUCCGCUAUUCUGUGCGAAUGCGAUAUCAGCUGUAGACGUCACGCAGUACUAUUUUUAUCGUUCGACGCCUUCUGCCGUUGUGCUCGGUCUUUUAUACAUAUCAGUAAUUGGAGCUCAGUGAAUGAUUUUCCUCAAAAAUUUGGCCUCUACGAUAGAUGUAAUGUGGCGUUGUUUGGCUUGGGUUUAAAAUGUGGGACCCUUCAAUGACCAAAAAUAUAAUUUAAUGUUACCAAACCAGUUUUGCCUUGAUUCUGCUGUUGCAGGUGUGUUCAUUAUAUUUAACUGCGAAAUAUAGGUUUCCCGGCCAAAUUCGGAAAAUGCGCGAUAUUUCGAUUUAGCGUAGGUUUUGAAAACGACUUGAAACCUGGUUUCAUUUUCGCAAUAAGAAGCAUUCGACUUCGUUUGGCAUCCUUAAAAUAAAUGCAGGUCCAUUACUUUUCAUUAAUUAAAGAGGUUACAGACACGUCACUGGGAUUUUGGCGUAUUUCUUGUUAAUUACAGCAAAUGUGCAUUCUUAUUCGCUGAAAAUCUGUCUUUUACCGUGACCCUUCGGAAGUGAGUAUUGAUUGUUGUUUGCUGUUAUUUAAAACCGCAAAUUAUACGUUCAAUUUGAUUAGAAUAUACAAGGCUACACAAAUCACUACACCACAAAAAUGUCUUGUCACUCAUUUACAGUGUGUUUGUUAUCAAACUGUCAAAAAAAUCCAGGUUUCUGCUUGAAACGCAGUACAAGAAAUAAGAUUCCCUCAGUGCCGGUGCUUAUAGGUUUUCUACUAUAGACGGUAGUUUCCAAUGACAACAUGAAUAAUUUAUAUCAGUCAUGAAUAUUCAAACAUUUAACUAAUCAACGAAACACUUCUAAGAAUGUCACUUCUGUUAACAUACAAACGAAUUCAAUUUCUUGACCAGGCAUAUAAAUGACAUUUCGUGUGAAAUUGCCUGCACAUUUUACGAAAUAGCUUGAGUUCAAAUUAAGAUGAAUGCAGGAUUGCAGAGGGGCAUUCAAUUUGGCCCAGAAAUGAAUGACAAUAUUCUACACCGGUGCAACAUCAGGAAAUUGAAUGCUGACUCCAUACGACUGAAAGCACCCUCCUUGAAAUAGAAUUUUAUUUAUUAAAUAGAAACGGGGAUUUCAAUGUUCGUUCUGUUUCACUUGAAAGCGAAUGCUGCUAUUACUAAUUCAUUGACACAUUUCCGCAAAUGGCCGGGAAAACCUAUCGUAGAAACUGUUCUCUGUUGGAAAAACGUCACUUUUCAAGCUAAAGGUAAGAUAGUGAAAAGUUCUUAUUGAGGGUGGAGCAGCGUUAGUACGUUUGUUGCACAGCCCCCCAAAAAUUGAAAUUCCUAGCCUUUUCUCUAGACUACAUUUUCACGGAGCUUAAAUGUAACUUUUCCCUGAACUGUAUUGUUAGUUGACUGCCUUUCUCUAAAAGCAGAAAUCAUUCUUCAUCGUCUGUCAUAAUAUUGUGAUGUAGUGCUCAGAAGUAAGUACAUGUAACUCAUCAGGCAGCUGAAUUACGUCACACCACGAUGGCGUAGCUCAGCGCAUGCGCCACUAAGUCUUGAUCCAUUGUUUUGCUCAUUCGUACGUACUUGAAUGGGGUCUGUGAUGUUACGGAAAAGAAAAAGGCUCAUUUAUAGUUGAAGAAAGACGUCAUAGAUCUUUACUGAUUAAUGUACAGUUUGAAGUAACCCGCAAAUAUGGCCGUGUGCUGUUUAUUUUGCCCCGGCUUGAAAUUAUGCACGACUCUAUUCGAAGUGGCUGGAGCCACUUCCACAGACUCGUGUGUAACUUCAAGCCGCAGCGAAGCCAUUCAGACUCGGACUUUCAUCUGAACUCUUAUUUGGUUUGAGACCGAAACCCACUUUUUUGUGUGUUUUUGAUAUGUAAUGUAGGAGGGCCUGACGUUCCGAUUCCGGCUGAAUAUUUCAGAAGAUGCUUCUUUGGGUAUAAAAAUGUUGGUGUGGCGAGAAUUAGGAAAAUUUAGAAUCACAUAUAGAGCGAACAGUCCAUGUACAUUCAUGUUCAGGUUUUGUGUCAGUGCUCAAGAGCAACUUCGUGUACAUGAAGUGACAUACAUGUACAAUACACGCGUGAAUGGCCUGUUAACAAAACGCCAAAAAGAUUUCAGUAUGGUAUAAUUUGUAGGGCUGAUCCUAGUCAUAUUUCGAUGAAAAGAAAUCGGAGACUUGGUAUGGAUUUCACUACAAGCGAAUUUUCUAAUUUAGAUGUUUUAUGCUGGAUCCCGCACUUCUCACAGCAUUGUCUGUUUUUUUUCUUUAUAUUACUUUACCAAAAAAAAAUCAGGAAUCAAGCGUUUAUGAAAGAAUCGAUGCCUGUUUCACCUAAUAUUUUUGAAAUAUUGAAAAGUCAUUUACAUUCGCACUGGUAUUUUCAGAAUCACAUUGUAAGGGGUCAGGGUCGGAUCGAUUAUUUGUUAUUGGUAUAGUUGAAAUAAACCGAAUCUCUUUCGAUAUUCGUUUACCUCAAACCGUACGGUAUACACCUUUCUUUUUUCUCCUAUUUUUGUAGCUUACUUUUUAGAAAAAAAGCUGCCUCAUUAUCGAUUGAUUGAUGAGCUGUUAAUAGUCCUUAUCAGGUUGUAGAUUUAAGUUUGUGCGUUUUGUCAAUUUUAAAAUUUUAGAUUUUCAAAUCAAAAGUGAGAUUUUUAGUAGCAGCCAAAACAGUGGAGACGGAUAUCUGUGUGAUUUGUUUUCAUUUUUUGUCCAUGACGAAUGAGUAAAGUUCGUGUUAGUUUGUAAGUGCUGUAUCGGGCAGAUGCUUCCCUUGGAAAGUGGUUACAUCGUGAUUGUUUCUAUCGAAAUAUUCAAAAUGUGUAAAUAAAUUCAUGAGAGAAAAAUACUUUAAAGAAGCCAAAUGAUGUUUAUGUUAUGCUGCUGAAGGUACAUUGACGUAUGUAUUAAAAUCAAGAACAACUCAAAGUGA